UCAUCCGGAGCCCGGACCCGGCGUAGCUCUGUCAGCAACGGUGUGCGUUUGGCAACAAAAGAGUGUUUUUGAAACAGUUAGAGACAAUUUCUCGACGACAGUGUUAUUUCUGGGAAACUUUAUCACAGCCUCCGUUUCAGGCAGUAGUUGGUAGCGAUGACACCGCGGCUGUCGCUGUCCGUUGGAGGAAGAGGAAGAGGAAUAGGAAGGAGGUGAUGAUGAUGAUUACAUGCAGUUAGCUGGCUGGCUGGCUGGCUGGCGGACCGACGGACCAGAGCCCAGUCGUUGUGAGGUGUCUCUCCCUACAACCGGAGCAGGAUCUGGGACGAAGAGAGCCGAGGAUGCCGCGGAGAAAACAAUCCAACCCCCAGCCCGUGAAAUUGGAGUCGGAGGGCGGGGCUGUGGUGUGUGAGCCGGGCUGCCUGGUUUUGGAGAGCGACUUCCUGCUGAGCGGAGAGCUGGAGUUUGGAGACUCCGAGAUCAUGGGGCUGGAUAGAGAGGCCGGUAUGACGGUCUUCUCUCUGAGCGUGGAGGACGACACUUCAGCACCAACAGACGCCACUUUUCCAGCUUUCCUCUCCUGUAAAGGAUGUGGUCAACUUCUGGGAGACACACCUCUGGGGGCAGGCUUAGACCUCGGUGUGGGUCUGGACCUGGGGGCGGAGCUUUACUGUCUAACCUGCGAGGAAGGCCUCCAGCACGCGGCCUCCAUUGACUCCUCUCAGGUGGAGGGGUCAAGCCUGUCGGACAGAUCCAUCAGCAGUGGCUCCGACAGGAAGAGGAGGAGCAUGGGUAAGACGGGUGCUGCUGGUGAUGUCCCUCCUAAACUGUACUCCUGCUCGCUGUGCACCUUCACCUCGCGUUACUCCAACCACCUGAAACGCCACAUGAGGAUCCACGACGGCCAGAAGCCGUACCACUGCCCCGUCUGCCCCUACGCCUCGGCCCAGCUCGUCAACCUGCAGCGCCACGCCCGCACACACACCGGAGAGAAGCCGUACCGCUGCCACCAGUGUAGCUACGCCUGCAGCUCCCUGGGCAACCUGCGGAGGCACCAGCGCAUGCACACGCAGGAGAGACCACAGAGGAGGGAGAAGGAGAAAAGACGAGGGAGACGGAAAAAAACCAGUGCUGAAACCGAAGAAGUAGUGUCAGACCUGACCCUGCGAGUGUCCCAGGACUCGGACUACCUCCAGACGUUCGGAGGCCUCGGCUCUCCCUCCGCCCCGCUCCCCGUCCUCCUCUUCCCUCUGUGCUGCCGGGUGUGUGGCCUCACCCUGGAGGAGGCCGACCUGGAGGGGGACAAGGCCGAGGGGGAGGGGGAGGGCGAUGGAGGACAGGUGUGUCGCCGUUGCUCGUUGGACCUGCUGUCUAAAGAUGGAUCCGGGCCUCCCUGCAGCCCGGCCGUGUCUCGGGGAUCCCGUCGGGGUCAACGAGGCACCAAGCUGUACCGCUGCCCUCACUGCCCCUUCCUGUCCCACUACCCCAACCACCUGGCCCGCCACGCCCACACCCACUCCGAGGAGAAACCCCACCGCUGCCCACACUGCCCCUACACCUCCUCGCACCUUGACAACCUCAAACGCCACCUGCGCGUGCACACGGGCGAGAAGCCUUACCAGUGCCCGUCGUGCAGCUACGCCUGCGGGAACCUGGCCAACCUGCGGCGACACGAACGCAUCCACUCGGGCGCCAAGCCGUUCCACUGUGGCGUCUGCGGCUACUCCUGCAACCAGAGCAUGAACCUGAAGAGGCACAUGCUGCGGCACACGGGCGAGAAGCCGUACGCCUGCGCCGAGUGCAGCUACACCACGGGCCACUGGGACAACUACAAACGCCACCAGAGGAAGCAUGGGCACAACACGGAUAGCUGGGACAAACACACACCCAUCAAUGGCCUCAGCUGGGGCAAAGACACUCAGGAGAGCCAGAGUCAGGGACAGGAACACAGUUAGAGACGUGUGUUUGUGUGUGUGCGUCUGUGUGUCUGUGAAAUAUGUAUCAGGGUUCCUUUAGCACAGAAAUGAGAAAAGUAUUUGGAUAAUCUGCUUUAGUGCUGAGACACUUACUCAAAUAAUCAAUAAUUUGAUCAACAAAAGUUGCAGAAAAAUAUUUUCAUAACUGAAGGAUCUUUUAUCAGCAAGAUUCUCUGGUUGCAGCUUCUUUCGGUGCGAAUAUUUGUGGCUUUUCUCUGUUUUAUAUCAUUUUAAACUGAAUAUCUUUGGGUUUUAUGCUGUUUACCGGACAAAACAAGACGUGAAGAUUUCCCCUGAAGUUCUGGGAGCUUGUCGUGGACUAUUUCCUGAUAUUUUACUGACCAAAACAUUUAAUCAAAUAACUGUAAAAAUAAUCGUCAGAUUAAUCCAGUGGUUCCCGAGCAGGGAGUGAGACACCCCCUAAGGCACUGAAAGAUAAAAUCUGGGGGGUUGCCCGACAGGAGACCAUUAAAAUACGUUUCUGCUGUACAAAAUGAUAGAGAUGAUUUUUUUUUUUUUUUUUUUUUUAACGAACUGCUGGAUAAUUUCACUUCUUCAACCCUCAAAAAAUGAUUCAGAUAAAACUCUAUGGCAUGGCCUGGUCCGACCUCAUAGAGAGAUGCAACCAGUGACGAUGUGCCCCAAGUAGACAUUGCUUGAGUUUAAGGGUUAAAGGAUUCACUGGAUGAAUUGAUAAUCAGAAUAAUCAUUAAAUGCUGUCCUAAUCUGCUUUUCCAAGAAAACAUUUCGAAGUUGGAAUUUGUUUCUGUAAUUUAACCACUUUAGCAAAAACUAUGUUUCCAUCACUUUAAAACGCUGCAAUUUGUAUAAAUACUCAGAUAUUCAGAUUAAUUAUUGAUCUAAAUGGUUGCAUCUCAUUUUCAGUGUCAGUUAACAAUGAAAAGUCCAAGUUGACGUUUUUGCAUAUUACGUCUGACCAACAGACCGAAACCCAAAGAUAUUCAGUUUACAUUGAUAUGAAACUGAAAAGCAGCAAACGCUCACGCUGGAGAAACCAGAGAAUGAUUUAGCCUGUUUCCAGCGCAGCAGCUGUUCUGGGAACUCUGGAACCUUAGCUGGUUUUUGAUUAGCAGAACCAGGGUUCUCAUUUAGUUCCUGGCCCCAAAAAAGCCCGUGCUCCGUGUGUAGUGCUUCCCAAUGACCCAGGAUCUACCGGGAUGGAGUCCGGGCCUCUGAAUGUCACUGGGUGAUCAAACAAAAUCUUGCAGCUGCUCCAACUUGUGUACCACUUAAUUCACAGAGUAAAGAAAACACUGGAUUACUCCAGUCUCGGUAUUAAGGCGACAGGCGGACAUUUCUCGUGACAUUUAGACAUUUAAAAACAAAAUAACGCGUAGGUCGACUUCCGGACAAGUCCAAAAGAAGAAAUCAUGUUAUUUAGAGACAGGAGCUCUGGAGUCUUCAGUCUCCUUUUCAUUUAUUCAUAACAUCCAUCAAUGUUCUACCACAGUCAAGGCAGAGAACGACACCAUGACUCUGUGACGAUGUUUACUCUCGUGUGAGGAUUAUUUCUCAAACACCACCAGCGUAUUUUAAUCCAUCACCCGUCUGUCUUGCUUUGUCUUCAUGUCUCUCAAACUCAAACAGUAAAGCUUAAAAGGAACUUGAAGUUCCUGAGUUUAGUCCCCGUGAGUCCUCCAGCACUGUUUGGUUGAAAUACGGCUUAAAUAAUUGAAUUUACUGUUGAUCAGUUCUUUGACUAAUCGUUGCAGCACUAAUCAGGAUGAGCAGUGUGUGGUUUGGUGUUUAUAUUGUUAUGUAACCACCAUACCUGCGUUUAUUUUUAAAUUCUAUUUCAUAAUGAAAGGGAAUGAGAUCAUGUGGAAAAUCGAAGUGAGAAAUUGUAGCGCCCCUGAUACAUAUACAUACAUUUGUGUGUGUGUGUGUGUUUUGUCUGUGUUGUCUGUGUAUGUUGUGUAUACACUGGUGAACCUCUAGCUCAAGUUGGAGCUAAACUCAGGUGCCUUUGACAGACUAAACGACUGUAUGCUGCACUGACUUUAUAAAGGGGCAUUGGUGUGUGUGUGUGUGUCUGAGUGUGCGCGUGUGUGUGUGAGAGAGAGUGAGAUGUGGGUGUGUGUGUGUGCUGCAUGCACACUUUCUUCAGCAAAUGCAGUCCUCAGAAUCUGGGUCUGAAUCUCACGAAUUGAAAUGUUUAUUUUUUUCAAGACAGAAAAUCUAUAUUUUGUUAAUGUGGGUGGAUUUGUGGACUUUUCACAGCAGCAGGGUGGAUCAUCAUCUCACAAGCUUGAAGUGGGUUUAAUUAAGAGGUCUGCUAGGGUUCUUUUAUUUUUCUGUUUGCUUGAUUAUUUUUUUAUCCUGGACUCCCUCAGUUUUUCAGCGGGGUUCCUGAGCAGCCUUAGCUUCGUCCCAGACCUCCGAGUCGCCGCUCACGUGUCUGGUAUUUUUUUCAGUGACGUCCCCAGUGGGAUGUUUGCAGCUGGACAGGCUGUUCUAAGUCAAGAAGUAACGACCCUCAAACUGGCAUGUUUCUUCUGCGCCAACGGGACAGAUACGUCACUCACAGCCGAUUAUCUAGGGCAAAAUAACCCCCCCCCCCCCCCCCAAAAAAAAAAGACCAAAAAACCCCCCCUCCCAACAAGAAACUGAACACGAACGUGGUCUCGGACUGAUGAAGAGAUGAUAGGACAAUGCGCUCUGAGUGGCUGCCUCCUGUUGUAUCAGAGGGCGUAGAUAGAUAAAGAGAAAUCCAGGUGUCCGCCAUUGUCGUAAGGAAGACGUUGUAGUAUGGGCACUAUUAGGGGGGAAUCUGAGAUUUUGAGACUUACUGCUAAAUACUAAAAAAGCUUUGAGAAACAAGAUGUAAAAUCAAAUGAGGAAAAGUCAGGGUUUCACACGUAAAACGCAGUAAAUGGAAAAUGUACUGUCCAUUGAUGUCAACGGGUCUUUCCAGCGGCCUACAUAUUGGAUGUGGGAUGUGGAGGGUCUGAGGUUUCUCCGGUAAUUGGUCGCGAUUGUCCUGGAUUUUCAGACAUGUGACACGACCUGGUUUCCCUUCAAAGUACGACUUUUCUUUUCCUCAGAUUGUUCUCGGUGUUACGCGUUUAUAUUGACACGCAAAGUCUCAAGGUUCUCUUCUCUCGACCGUGGCCCCGAUACUUCGUUGUGCGUGACGCUUCAUUCGUUUGAACGUUUCUGGAAAAGGUCCCGACUCUUGAGUACAGCUAAAUCGGUCCUCGCUGCGCCGCAUCGAGUCAACGCGGCUCCGAAGCCAAAUGCAGCCAAACGUCCAUCCAGUCGUUUGGCUCUGAGCAACACUGCAGUCGGAAAUGUGAUUUUUAUUAUUUUAUUUUAUUUAUUUUUAUCAUUUCAAACCGGGAAUGCACAGGAGCCCUGCUGUUGGUCUGAGUUAGACUGGUAGGGGCUGGCUCCAGUGCCUCCUGUCCGACUCUUUACGCGCGCCGACGCCGUCAUUUAGGCGGAAUUUCACCGCCGUCGUUACCUGCUUGGGCCUCACUGUGUCAAAGCAUGUUAGCGCCCCGUCCUCAGCUCCAGACAGCGAGAGACCUGGUAUUUAUUUCCAGUGUGUUUUUCUAAUUUUCCGGGCUCCAGCAUCGGGCCCUGGAGCCGACCUGAGUCCCGCCGAGCUGCCCGUCCCCUCGCGUGUUUUAAUAAGCUAUCAACUCAAGUCCCGGCUCCGUGGGCAGCUCUGCCUCAUUUAAAAUCCAGUCUAAGUGAGAAAGCUGUGAAUUCAUCAGACUGAGCAGAGGUCUCGAGGAGAGAGACGGCGGAACAGACGGAGCUGGCUGAAGCGAACAUUUCCAAGCCAGGCUUUUGACUAACGAGCUGGCUUUCCGAUUUUUUAUUUUUUUUGGCACUUUUGUGAUCAUUUUCAGCAAAACAACAUGAAAGACGAAGCGCAGUCCUCCAGGAAUUGUCUCAUCAAAGUCUGUGCGCUUAUAUAUCCAUACAUUUUUACCUUUUUUUUGGAUUGAACAAAUAAGAUGUAAUGUGUUAAUUAGUGAUCUUUAGAGUUGGGAAUGUUGAAUUGUUGCUUUAAUCCUUACGCUGAUGUAUUUCUGUGAUAAUCCGGUGGGUUUUCAAAGGGUUUAAAGAAGGAGAAUUGUUUUUAAGAAAGAGCAUUUAAUCCUUCUGUUUAUCCAAAAAGCUUAAAAUUGACCAAAUUUGGAGACAAGGACGUGCAUUUUACCGACAGCAAUCACAUGUUACCAAUAAACACGAGGAAAAAUCUGAUGCGUUGCGUGGAGAUCAGUAAUUCCAAAAACAUCCUGCCGUUUUCCGAAAUUCUGCCUUCAGCUGCAGCUAGCAGCCACUGUCAUUGUUGAUCAGUCUGUUGAUUGUUUUCUCCGUUAACCGUCUCAUCUAUAAAAGGCCAGAACUUGGUGAAAAUGCCUGUCA